AUGGUGAAAGACGACGAAACCGUCAUCGAGGAAUUCAACGAGCUCGUCAACAUGUCGGCGAAGGAGUUGAAGGACUGGCUGCAAAAGGAAGAAUCUAGCAGUUCGGGCUGGAGCAAGGACGACGGGUCGGGGGAAACGGUUGGCCAUGAAAGCGGCCGCAAGAUCAUCGAAAUCUUGGAGAAGAAUCCCAAGAAGGAUCCGAAGAAGUACGACGAUGAGGAUCUGCAGCAUAUGCGCAAGGUUGUGGCGUACUGCAAGCGCCAUCUCGCUCAGGAAGAAAAGGCGAAGCAAGACCCGGAGAGCAAGAGUGCGAGGAGCUUGAAGAACUGGGGUGAGUCUUUGUUUUGA